GUGCUAAUCUUUAUUGAUGUGCUUCUCAUCCUCAGGUGUGCUUGGCAUCAAGGUCAAGAUCAUGCUGCCCUGGGACCCCAGCGGUAAGAUCGGCCCCAAGAAGCCCCUGCCCGACCACGUCAGCAUUGUGGAGCCCAAGGAUGAGCACCUGCCCACCACACCCAUGUCAGAGCAGAAGGGAGCCAAGCCAGAGGUGCCUGCCAUGCCCCAGGGAACACCUGUACCCACUGCAUGAGAGGGUUUUGGAGUGUUCUACAAGAUGGAAGCAAGAUCUGUUUUUUGUGUACCAAAACAAUAAAAUAUGGAAAAUACA